AGGGAAGAUGGGACGGAGCGGAACGCGAGGCCGGAUCCCAGACAGCGGACUCCCGUACUGCGACAAAGCACAUCACAUUCAGACUCGGCUUUGGGUCCUGAGGGCCCAGGUGUCACCGCGGCAGAGGGGACUAGAGUGUCUCUAACCCUCCAAAGGAAGGCCACGUGCACUAUUCUGAGGAUCGUGAUGAGGCGUCCGCUUAGGUCAGCUCACGCAGCAGGGAGUGGUCAAGGGCCUAGGGUCCAUCAGAACUGGAAGAGGCCGUGGGCCCUGGCUGGUGGAGGAAGAACUUUCCAGCACAGCACGUGCAAAGAUCCUGGUGUUUGAGCAGCCAGGGGGCACAUACAAAAGAGACGAACUUGUGUGGGGCUGCAGGAAAUUCCCACACCUGUGGGGAAGCACCACCCCAACCCCGUGUUUUUCUCUGCGCAGAGGACGGUCUAGAGGCCAUGAACCAGGCGGAGGGACGGGGCGGGGGUGGGAAAUCUCCCUGGAGCCUCCACUUCCUCCUCCACCCUGACCUGUGGCCUCUUGGUCCUUGUCACCCGGGAAAGGGGAAAUGCUGGCAUUUGAAGUCCAGCAGGUGGAAGGCCCAGGACGGGAACACCUGGGUCCCUCCAAGUGUCUGCGGGCAUGACAGGGUCCGGCGGGGGCCUCAGGGCCUGGGGGAGCCUGCUGCUGCUGGGCCUGUGCAGCUGGUCAGGGGCCGGGGCAGCUGACCCCAACUCUGUCAGGAACCUGACGGUGACGUCUCAGACCAACAGCUCCAUCACCCUGCUCUGGGAGGCGCCCGAUGGACCUGCCCAGAACUACACCUACUGGGUGCGGUGGACUGGACAGGGGGACAGAAAUGGAACCCGAAACACAACAGACACCAGUUUCACAGCAGAGGGACUGGACCCCGGGUCCUUGUAUGAAUUUUCUGUGUGGGUGGGGGAAGGUGGAGUCAACAGCUCCCAGGUGACUAUCAAUGCUACCACAGCCCCCAACCCCGUCAGGAACCUGGGUGUGGAGGCUCGGACCAACAGCUCCGUCAGCCUGGGCUGGGAGGCGCCCGACGGCCCAAACCCUCAGAACUACACCUACUGGGUCCACUGGCCUGGAGACGGUGACAAAAAUGAGACCCGCAUCACGACGGACACCAGUUACAAAGUGGAAGGACUUCAAGCAGCAUCCUCGUAUGAAUUUUCCGUGUGGGCGGAGAAGAAUGGAGUUCCCAGCUCCCCUGUGACCCUCCCGGCGUCCACAGCCCCCAGCCCUGUCGGGAACCUGGGAGUGAAGAACUACAGCACCAGCUCCAUCAGCCUGCGCUGGGAACUGCCCGUCGGCCCUGCCCUGAACUACACCUACUGGGUGCGGUGGACUGGACAGGGGGACAGAAAUGGAACCCGAAACACAACAGACACCAGUUUCACAGCAGAGGGACUGGACCCCGGGUCCUUGUAUGAAUUUUCUGUGUGGGUGGGGGAAGGUGGAGUCAACAGCUCCCAGGUGACUAUCAAUGCUACCACAGCCCCCAACCCCGUCAGGAACCUGGGUGUGGAGGCUCGGACCAACAGCUCCGUCAGCCUGGGCUGGGAGGCGCCCGACGGCCCAAACCCUCAGAACUACACCUACUGGGUCCACUGGCCUGGAGACGGUGACAAAAAUGAGACCCGCAUCACGACGGACACCAGUUACAAAGUGGAAGGACUUCAAGCAGCAUCCUCGUAUGAAUUUUCCGUGUGGGCGGAGAAGAAUGGAGUUCCCAGCUCCCGUGUGACCCUCCUGGCGUCCACAGCCCCCAGCCCUGUCGGGAACCUGGGAGUGAAGAACUACAGCACCAGCUCCAUCAGCCUGCGCUGGGAACUGCCCGUCGGCCCUGCCCUGAACUACACCUACUGGGUGCGGUGGACUGGACAGGGGGACAAAAAUGAGACCCAAAGCACAACAGGCACCAGUUUCACAGCGGAGGGACUGGACCCCGGGUCCUUGUAUGAAUUUUCCAUGUGGGUGGAGGCAGGUGGACUCAGCAGCUCCCAGGAGGCCCUCAGUGCCGCCACAGCCCCCAACCCUGUCAGGAACCUGGGUGUGGAGGCUCAGACCACCAGCUCCAUCAGCCUGGGCUGGGAGGCCCCCAACGGACCAAACCCUCAGAACUACACCUACUGGGUGUCAUGGAUCCAGGAGGACAAGACUGGUACUGUGAACUCUAGCACCACAGAGACCGGGUUCACGCUGAAGGAAGUGGAUGCUGGGAGCCUGUUCACCUUCACCGUCUGGGCAGAGAGGAACGGGGUCCGCAGUGAGGUCGAGGCUCUCACUGGGGCCACUGCUCCCAGUGAGGUCACAGCCCUGCAGAAGGAAACUCAGACCAACAACUCCAUCACCCUGCGGUGGGAGCCCCCCACAGACCCCCGCCCUCACCUCUACGUGUACGUGGUCCAGUGGGCCAGUGCGGGGCUUCCCCAGAGGGAGCGCGAUCCCCAAGGCUACCGAGCCUACCAGACCGGAAGGACCAACGAGACUUCGUACGGAAGGACCAACGAGACUUCGUACCAGGUGCAGGGCCUGGAGCCCGGGACUCUGUAUAACUUCAGCGUGUGGGCGGAGAGGAGCGAAGUAGCCAGUUCCGCACAGAGCCUUACUGCGUCCACAAGCCCGGACCCCGUCACCAUCAUCUCCUGCGUCGGCACCUCUGGGGACUAUGGGCUCCUCGUGACCUGGUCCUGCCCCCUGGGAGGCUAUGAGGCCUUUGAGCUGCAGGUGGGUGGGCAUCAGAGCUCCCAGGACAGAUCCACCUGCGAAAGGGGUGUGCCUGUGUUGGGUCUGCAGGCGGCUCGGUCCUACAAAGCCACCGUGGCCACCGUCUGGGCCGGAAUGCGGGCCCCAGCUGCCUCCGUGACCUGCCACACCCAUAGUGCUGGGGUCAUCGCCGGGUCCAUCGUUGGUGUCCUCCUGUUCAUCGUACUGGUGUGCCUGCUGAUUUUCUUCCUGAAGAAGAGGCAUAGAAAGAGCUGGAAGGAGUCCAAAUCCAGCUUUCCAGAGGAGAUCCGGGCGGCUGACUUUGCUGACCACGUCAAGAAAAAUGAGAAGGACAGCAACUGUGGCUUUGCCGAGGAGUACCAGCGUUUGGCCCUGGAGGCCCAAGGCCAGUCUCAGACGGUAGCCUCCGCUCCAGAGAACUGCACCAAGAACCGCUACAGGAAUGUGCUGCCCUAUGACUGGUCCCGGGUACCCCUGAAGCCUGUGUUGGGGGAGUCUGGAUCCGACUACAUCAAUGCCAGCUUCAUGCCAGGUCUCUGGAGCCCCCGGGAAUUCAUUGCGACCCAGGGUCCCCUGCCCCAGACGGUGGGUGACUUCUGGCGCCUGGUGUGGGAGCAGAAAAGCCACACCCUGGUCAUGCUCACCAACUGCGUGGAGUUCGGCCGGGUCAAGUGUGAGCAUUAUUGGCCUCUCGACGCCAGGCCCUGCACCCACGGGCACCUGCAAGUGACCCUGGAGGGUGAGGAGGUGAUGGAGAACUGGACGAUCCGACAUCUGAAGCUGCACCAUACACAGGAGCAGAAGACGCUGUCCGUGCGACAAUUUCACUACGUGGCCUGGCCAGACCACGGGGUCCCCCACACCCCGGACCCCUUGCUGGCCUUCCGGAAGGUGCUCAGGCAGUGGCUGGACCAGAAUCCCGGGGGAGGCCCCCCCAUUGUGCACUGCAGCGCUGGUGUGGGCCGCACAGGCACUCUCAUCGCCUUGGACGUCCUGCUGCGGCAGCUGGAGCGCCAGGGCUUCGUGGGGCCCUUCAGCUACGUGAGCAAGAUGCGGCAAAGCCGGCCAAUGAUGGUGCAGACGGAGGCCCAGUACGUGUUCCUGCACCAGUGCAUCCUCCGGUUCCUCCAGCAGUGGUCCCCAGCGCCCACCCAGAAGGAGGCCAUCUAUGAGAACCUGACGUUUGAGAAUGAGGCGGCCCGCUAGGGGAAGCUGAACUCCAGGGUUGCUGUGACCCCAGCCCAGCUAGACUCAAACCCUGGAUGCAGGCUGCAGCCCAGAUUCCUGGACCCCUGGGAGAGUGGAGGACCGGGGCUCCCAGACUACUGGGCUGGGAUGAGGGCUGGUAGCCCUCGGGGAGAGAGGUCAGGUGGGAGCUGGGAUCCUGGUUCCUUGAAGGAGGGGAGGCAUGGAGCUAGGAUGUCCUAGUUCCUAGAAGAGAGGCCAGCGGCCCAGGGUGCCUGGUCUCAUAGAAACAAGCUGGAUUCUGAGGAAGGAAGGAAUGAGGCUCCGGGACUCUGGCUACCCAAGGAGCAAGUUAGACAGGACUCUGCCCACGUUUCGCUUCAGAAACCAAAUCUCCUAGGAUCUCAGGGCUCACUGCACCCACUCCCUGUACAGAUUUUCCCCUCUAUCCUGUAAUUUAUUAAAUCA